AUGCAGCAAGGGAGACUACACCAGUGUGAACAAAGGAAAGACCUGCACAAAGACUACAUCAGUGAACAAAGGAAAAACCUGCACACAGACUACGCCAGUGAACAAAGGAAAGACCUGCACACAGACUACGCCAGUGAACAAAGGAAAGACCUGCACACAGACUACACCAGUUGUGAACAAAGGAAAGACCUAAACAAAGACUACAUCAGUGAACAAAGGAAAAACCUGCACAAAGAUUACACCAGUGAACAAAAGAAAAACCUGCACGAAGACUACACCAGUGAACAAAGGAAAGACCUGCACAAAGACUACACCAGUGAACAAAGUAAAGACCUGCACAAAGACUACACCAGUGAACAAAUGAAAGACCUGCACAAAGACUACACCAGUGAACACAGGAAAGACCUGUACAAAGACUACACCAGUGAACAAAGGAAAGACCCGCACAAAGACUACACCAGUGAACAAAGGAAAGACCUGAACAAAGACUACACCAGUGAACAAAGGAAACACCUGCACAAAGAACAAAGGAAAGACCUGCACAAAGACUACAUCAGUGAACAAAGGAAAAACCUGCACAAAAACUGCACCAGUGAACAAAGGAAAAACCUGCACAAAGACUACACCAUUGAACAAAGGAAAGACCUGCACAAAGACUACACCAGUGUGAACAAAGGAAAGACCUGCACAAAGACGACACCAGUGAACAAAGGAAAGACCUGCACAAAGACUACAUCAGUGUGA